UUUUUAUUCUACUGUUGGUGGCUCUUGUGGCCAUGGAGGCGGAUAGUUUGGUGAAGUCAGUAGAGACCAUGCGAUUGGGAGAUUCUGAAAAAUUGGUGGUAGAUUUUGAAGACGAUGAUCUUGAAUUGACUGAUAAACAAAUGAAGUUGGCUUCUCUCGAAACAAGGCCUUAUUGCUCGGAAAUUUGGUGGGGGCUGUGGAUCGAAUUGACGCCAAUGAAGAUGGACAGCUUUGGGGGAAAACUCUACGAGUACGGGUACGGGUGGAUGUCACACAACCACUUCGCAUGGGAGUUAAAAUUCGACUCGGCUCAAUGGCAGAGGAGAUGUGGAUUGUGAUUUUGUAUGAGAAAUUGA